AUACGAGUUAUUUUUUAUUGUUAUGUAAAUAGCUGGUGGUCUUUGUCGAUAUGACAUACAGUGGCAAGUUACAGCUCGACUACGGAAAUAUGUGCAACUAAAAAUUUCUUCCUUCAUAUCCCACUAAUGCACUUGCUUUACUUUACUAUCGUUUUCGAAAUAUUUCUUUCCAUAUUCUUCGAGUUUAACGCACUUCCAACUCAGGAUUUCUCGUUAUUCCUUUGGCAGCAAAUCCUUUGUAUACGAAAAGUUGUCAUUUUUUGAAUGCGCUAUAAGGAACAACUACAUGUAAAGACGCGUGUUGUGUUAAGCCGAUUGUCGCACCAAUGAUACAAUACGAUAACAAGUUAUUUUUGUGUGCCAUUUUUGCGUAAUUAUUUGCAGUGUUGACUUGUGAACUGCCGUCUAUACACAUACGGCGGAUCCCUGUAGCGUGACCUCAAACCUGUGAAAACAUUUGUGUCUUUCAACUUAACGCUACUUAGCUCACGUUUUACGAAACGACAGACUUUAGACUUCUAUGGUAAUUUGUCUUACAUGGUAAACGUUUUAAGUUAAACUUUACACGACGGGUGGCGUUAUGUUCUCUGUUCAAACAAUGGUUGGGGGGGGGGAGGGAGAAAGCUUUCAGCAGUAGCAAGACAAUUAAGGGAGGUGUGGCUAAUUGCGUUCGCCGGUGCUUAUCGUACUAAACGGGGCAUUAAAACUGAAUUUGAUCCAAGGAAGUGAGUGUAGAAAGCAUCAAACGUCGUGCGAGCUAGAGCUUGAAAAAUUCACUCGCACAACAUCGACUGCAUAAUGAUGGACUCAGUGUUGACAUCAGACUAUUUGCAAGAUCCAUUGGAUCCAAAAGCGCGGCAGGUUAAGGAUAAAGAAAAGUCGAUGACAUCUCGACGAAAUUUCACGCACGCUAAACCACCUUACAGCUAUAUUAGCCUUAUAACUAUGGCUAUACAACAAUCGCCAAACAAGAUGUUGACCUUGAGUGAGAUCUACCAAUUUAUUAUGGAUUUGUUCCCGUACUACAGAGGAAACCAACAGCGUUGGCAGAACUCUAUUCGACACAGUUUAUCUUUCAACGAUUGUUUUGUAAAGGUUCCUCGUUCACCUGAUCGACCAGGCAAAGGUUCUUAUUGGACAUUACAUCCUGACUGUGGAAAUAUGUUUGAGAAUGGCUGCUAUCUACGUCGGCAGAAACGCUUCAAAGCAAACAAGAAACCAAACUUGAAUCAUCUUGUUAAGCCUGGACCUUACGUACCCGGUGUGCCAAAAGUACAAAGUGGAAGAACAUUUGCAACGCCAUCAUUUCUCGCUCCAACACAUUACGGUGGCUUUAGACCAGGUUUCAAUCAUCCUUUCGCGAUUAAAAAUAUCAUUGCCGAUCAUGAAAUGGAUUUCAGGGGAUACGACAGCAUGCAUUUUAACCCGUAUCAUUCUGGAAGUUUGUCUACACCACCUCCAGUGCCCGCUAUGAGUCCCAUGUCAUCAUUUGGUUUGCCGAAGACAACACUUGAUCCGCCAUCCUUGAUGACAAGCGACGCAAACUUAACUCCAUAUUAUCCCUCUUGUGGCUACAUCAACACGUCAUCCAGUUGUUCACUCUCUGGCUACACAUAGACCUUUUUGAAAUAUAACGAUUUCCCAACGUGAUUUUCCACGUCAAUCCACCGAAAAUAAUCGCUCAAAUAAGUUAUGAUUUUCCACUGUGAUUAUGCGCCAGACACACAUACGUAUACCAAAGUAUUUUAAACGGAAAAAGUAACAUACAAUAAAGAGGACACAUGCUAGCGUUGUCAUUAUCUUGUAACAUAAUACCAUUGCAAAUUAGAACCGUACAUGAAUUUGUAAAUUUAGGUAAAUUUCAAAACAAAGGCCGUGUUGGAUGGCCAUGAACAUGCAAGAAAGAAAACUUAAAAAUGGCGAAGGUGAAAUCGUAAUGUAUCGUUUUCUUGACGAUACUUUGUGUAAAGCGUGUAUUUAUUUUGCUUGUUGUAUUUAUAGAUUAAACCAUACGUUAUACUAUCUUGAAAACAUUAUUGACACGAUUGAAAUAAAUGUUGUUUGAAAUGGA